GAGGAGCUGAGCUCAUGAGGAGAAACUUCCGGAAAGAUAUUCGCAUGGUGCUAAGUUAUACAUAUUAGGAACUCAUCUGCAGGACACAGGCUUGUAUUUUAGGUUUAGAGUGGGAUUAUACUGACGUAUUAGGUUUUCGUACGAAAGUCUCAAGUCUUGACGAUUUAUUCCAGAUGAGACGAGCAAAGCGACAGUAACUAUGGGUGAAGCGCUCAGCUCCACAUUACCGGUCAGACAGAAUUCACCUUCUCCUGAUUCAGGUUGGGAUUCAACUGAGCAUGCUUUUAAUGUUCCCCUGGACAUCCUUGAGGAAAUCUUCCUAAAUCUGCCUGCCCACCUGGUGGUUUGUGUGUGUCGAUUAGUUUGCCAUCAUUGGAAAGAUGUCGCAGAUAAUGAGUCUCUCUGGAGACAAAGGUGCAGAAGAGAAGGAUAUAAUCUGCACGAAUCUUCCAAAGUACCAAGCGACUGGAGGUUCUUUUACUUCAUGUGCAAGAARAGGAGAAAUCUCAUAAAAAAUCCAAGAGGGGAAGAUGAAUUACAGGGUUGGACUAUAGUAAGGAACGGUGGUGAUGGAUGGAGAGUAGAGAAACCGAUGGCACCUCACCCAAAUACACAAGUACAAACAAACUUUGUAACUUCCUUCAGAACGUGCACAAAGUCACAGCUCAUUGAUUUGGUGAAGGAGGGCUACAGCCAGGCUUUUAUGGACGAGGUCCAGCCCCACAUCAAGGUGUCCGACUGGUACGCACCUCGAUGCAACUGUGAAUACAACAUGUCUGUCAAGCUUCUGCACAGCAACAAUAGGGUUAUUCAGGAAUUUACACCCAAGACUAUUCACCUACCUGAACAGGAAAAUGACAGGUGGAAACAGAUGAUCCACGUGUUUAAGGACUACGGACCCGGAAUCAGAUACGUCCACUUUGAGCACGGCGGUAAAGAUUCUGUGUUCUGGGCGGGAUGGUAUGGAAUUCGCUUGACAGAAACAUCCAUUGAAUUAUGUCCAGCRCUGGACAAACAGAAUUAUGAACCCUACAGUGGUUAAGACGACAGGUUUUAACUACUACUCUACAUUACUUUUGGCCUUUAACCUGUAAAACAGACAUCUAAUCUUGAUUAUCUUAAACUGUAACAAGCCUAUAUUAAAACCCAAUAUUUACAAGAUUGUUGAUUUUUGUACUUUUAAAUCCAUUUGGAAUGUUCAGUCUGAAACUUUCUAGCAACUGCUGCUUUAACAAUUAUAUAACCCAGUGUAGUCAUGUUUUUAAAAAUGCUCGUUCACRCUGCUCACAAUGUGCAAUUAAAUUCUUGUACAGUUGUA